AUGCGCAGGUUGUUGGCGAUCGCUGAUCUUCACGUCUCACACAAGUUCAAUCUCGAAGCACUCCAUUCGCUUGACUCAUACGAAGAGGACGGCCUCAUCAUCUGUGGUGAUGUAGGGGAAAAGCUUGAGCAUUUGCGCACCGUCUUCGAGCUGACAACGCAGCUGUUCCACACAGUAUUCUGGGUUCCCGGCAAUCAUGAGCUCUAUACCUUGCCAGCCGAUGAUUCUGGCCUCAGAGGUGAGAUGAAAUACAAGGCGUGCAUCGCUGUCGCCAAUGAGUACGGAGUGAUCACACCGGAGGACGAGUUCGUACGCUACGAUGGUGAUGGCGGUCCAUGUCUGAUAUGUCCAAUCUUCACUCUCUAUGAUUACAGCUUCAGACCGGAUCACGUGAGUCGUGAAGAUGCCUUAGCUUGGGCGGAAGAGGAGAACAUUGUGGCCACUGACGAGGCACUGCUCCAUCCCGAUCCGUACGAGACACGCGACAAGUGGUGUGAGGAGCUCGUUGCUGCUACUGUACCACGGCUGGAGGCAGCUGCGGCUCACGGUCUGCCACUUGGCAUCUCCAUGUACGAAGAACUGAUCAUAUCGAUGGUGUUCGUUUCGAAGAAGUAUCAUUAG